UGUCUUAAAGUUGAACUGUAAAGACAAAAAAACUUUUGAAUGUUGGGUUAUCUGGCAAAGUUGAAACAGUGGAUACCUUCAGCGAUCCUUAGUGAUUUCCUGGUGAAGCUCAUGAUAUGGUUGCUAUUGGAAGUGAGUAACAGCACUCAGUCCUGUAUGACAACUGGAACUUUAUAAAUCCACUGAAGACCAAAAGCAGAAGGAGAAGUGCACCAUGGGACAUAUUUACCAGGCCAACAGCUUAACAUGGUAUCUCUGGGUAGUAUUGGCUGGCAUGGUCAUGUGGCAGGGCCCAGAAGCACUACCCUCAAAUAUCAACACCUCUGCAUUAGAUGGGGGUGAAAACAGUGUCGGCCUGUUGCAGAGGAAACUCUGGGAUGAAGGCAACAAAUCUAAUGAAACCACAGGCCCAGACAAAGGGAGCAACUCAGGCACUUGGCCGUACCUGUUGGCCGCCCUCAUCACCAUGCUCUCCGUCUCGCUCUUCGUCGUGGUGGUCGUCAAGUGCCGCCUGUUCCAGCGCUACAUGGCCAGCUAUGGCCACAUGCUGCUGUCGGAGAGCGACACGAUCAGCCAGUGCGACCCUCAGGGCCUGGAUGUCGGCUUCACCCCACAGAGCGUGGCGGAGCGGGUGCCGCCGCGCCGCUUCCACAACACCGAGGGUGACGAUGACGACGGCUUCAUCGAGGAUAACUACAUCCAGGCCGGAGAGAGAGAAAGGGCGGAGUGGGAACGGGGACAACAGGGGUACACAGGGGAAGACAGCGACGAUGAUGAACUGGACUUUGACCAGUUCAGCAUCGGAUGAGGAUUAGGCUUCUUCAACUCAUGGCAUUUCUCCACUUGCUGACUGUGCUGUCGUGAUGAUGUUCAUUUGUUUUAGGUCUGUUUAGCAUAAUCAUGCAGAUUUAUAGCUCACCAAGUGGAGUCUGCCCGUGACAGUGUGGAUGUAAGGACAUGGAAUGUGUGCUUGGCCAAGAAACACAAUCAUAUUACAUACCUGGCUUUGUUGAAAAUAUGUGGGAGUAAAAUGAUGUUUGAAUCAGAUGUUGAUUUCAUAAUAAAACAAAUUCAAAUGUCAAAACCA